ACAAAGAGUCGAACAACACUCGAGCAAGUUGCACCCCGCGAGAGGCUGUGUUAUGGAAAGCAAAUAAAAAACGACAUAGACAUCUUCGCUAAAAUCUGAAGCCUUACAUCAGAACUAGAAGCAGAGCCAGAAGGUGUUGAAAUUGUAAAAAUGGGCAAGAAAAGAGACAAGGAAUCGAGUGACCAUGGCCAGUCAGUGCGUGGGGAUCAGGAACAAGAUCCAGCAGUGAAUGUUGUCAAAAAGUCAAAGAAACACAAGCAUAAAAAAUCCUCCAAGAAAGAGGAAGUGGAAAGAAUAAUUAAUGUAGAAGAUGUGGAGGAUAUGGACAUAUCAGUUGAUGACGUGGAUGACUCACCUUCGCAGGGGCUCAAACUAAAGAUAAAAAUUGCAGAAUCUUCACCAGAGAAGCCAACCACUCCAAAAUCCUCCAAAGUCAAAUCUGAAAAGAGCAAAUCGUCCGGCAGCAAAAAGAGUGGCAAGAAGAAAGAUGGCAAAGGAGAAGACGACACAGACAGUGAGGAGGAACGAUGGCUGGAUGCCAUUGAGUCAGGAAAGUUAGAAGAGGUUGAUGAUGAGCUAAAAAGAAUGAAGAACCCCAGACUGAUGACAGCAAGACAGCGAGCCAUGCUAGAGAAAAGGAGUGAUGGGACAGAUGAUGCACUUCCAGUUAUACCAGCAGAACCUCUCUUAUCUUUGCCAUCAGGUUUCAAAGAAAAGGUUGUCACAGAAGAAAUGUUAGCUAAAAAAGCAAUGAAAACACAGAAGAGAAGAGAACAGGCUCAGGAGAAGAGGGAGGAGGAUAAGAAAAAAACUGUUGAUCGCCUUCUUAAAAAGCAAGAUUCUAAAAUAGCAAAGAUAAGCAGACAGAAAUUUAACAAGAAGGAAAUUCCAGUAUAUUCUUACAUUAAUAACAUGGAAAUGGUAGGACUGUCUGUACCAGUUGGUUUCCCAUUUCCCUUGGAGGCACGGUGUGAGAAAGAAAAACCAUUGGCUAUUAAGUGUGGAGCUCCAGGAUGUAGCAAGGUUAAAAAAUAUAAUUGCUCAAAGACAGGAAUACCUCUUUGUAGCCUGCAGUGUUAUAAGUUAAAUUUCAAUGCAAACAAGUCAGUCAUCGCAACCUAACUGUUAAUGCUCUGUAUUUAUUUUAUAAUAAAGUAUAUUAGAUUU